UGACUACAAAUUAUGUUACAAAACAAUUGCUUUGGCACGAAAGUUGGGCAAAAUAUUGAUAAAGUUUAGAAUUUGAUUCCAAACUGAUUCGAUGAAAAUUAAAAAUAGAACCUUCCCUACUGCUAACAAGCAGAGGGGCCCAUCUGUUAGUCGCGUGGUGUAAGCGCUUCGGUUAACACAAUUUUUGGAAAAAAAUAUAAAAUUAUCUAGUUUAAUUUUGAAUUCUAUUACUGUUAAAAUUAUUUCGUUUUGGUAACUCUUCAAAAACAUAUUUAUUUCCCGGAUAGCUUGUGUACAACUACAAAGUGUCGACAUGAUUAGUCAAAUUAUAUAAAUAUUAGUGUGUAUGUGGAAUUUUUAAGCGGAUAAAUUAAACCUGCCUUCAUUGGUUUAUUUUAUAAUCUAAUUCUGGUCUGGUAAAAACUGCCGAGCAAACACCAACGUUUUUCACUCGAAAAUAAUCGACUUAACAGUGUGUGAAAUUAGCGGGAGCAAGUCCAAGAAAUGAAAUAUUUGUCUAAGGUUUGAUUUACAAUCCUGGCAAUAAAUCGCGAUUUUACGAUGUCGCUGCGGCAUGAAAGACCUGGAAAAACCAUUGAAGAAUCGACGGUUCGAUGGAACGGCGACAUCUCUCUGGAUAUGACAGAUGAGAUGGGCAGCAUCUCCAGCGAGGAUGAGACGGGGUCUGAGUACGAUGGGGAACAAAGAAGUAGAGGGAAGUCAGUUUUAGAGAUAUGGGACGAUGACUACAUCCAGGCUAGACUACAGAUAUUGCCUGAUGCCGAAGAUAUAAUCGAGAUGAUUGAACAAGACAAUACGGAGACGAUUUUUACGAAAAAUCCGACGAGUCUACUGCUUAUCGCUACGUGGUUGCAAAAGGAGAAGGUUCUUCAGGAGGUUUUGGAGAAGGGAGUUUCUCUGCAAGCCGUAGACGGAGAAGGACGAUCGGCGCUCCACUUAGCCGCCUGCACCGGCAACAUCGACUGCAUCAAACUCCUUCUCCAGCACGGCGCUGAAAUCAGCGCCCGCGACGCCCUCAACCGCGCCACCCCUCUCCACUGCGCCGCCAGCAAAGGCCACCUAUCCGCCGUCAAACUCCUCAUCCGGCACGGCGCCGACGUCAACGCCGGCCUCGACAACAAAAGCCCUCUUCACUACGCCGUCCAAAGCCUUGCAAUCGACUGCGUGAAGGAACUCCUCGAGAACAACGCCAUCCCCAACACCUCCCAAGUAUACAGCGAGACGCCACUCCACGUCGCUGCGGCCCUAGGCGCCCCCGAAAUCGUCAAACUCCUCCUGGACCACGGCGCCGCCGUCAACGUCCAAUGCGGCACCGAUAAACUCACCCCUCUGCACCUGGCCGCGGAGGACAGCGACGCCGAAAGCGCCCGCCUCCUCAUCGACGCCGGUGCCCAACUCACCAGCGAAAAUCACAAAAAGCAAACGCCGCUUCAUUUGGCCGCGUUGUCGCAAUGCUCGGAAACACUCGAAUUGCUCCUAGCGAGGGGGUGCAACCCCAAUGCGAGAGAUGCUGAUGGGCGGACGCCCCUCCAUGGGGCCAUAGUCAAGGUUUCACGCUCGUGUGAAUGUGUCAGACUUUUGCUGAAAGCGGGAGCUGAUGUCAAUCGGCAAGAUUCCUUCGGGUACACUCCGCUACAUCUGGCGGCGCUUAAUGAAUUCUCAAAUUGUGUCAUGAUGCUACUCAAUCAUGGGGGCGAUGUGACAGUGCGGACGAACGGAGGAGUCUCCGUUUUGAGUUUCAUUACGAGGAAAACACCCGAUGUUAUCCCGAGAUAUAUUUCCAAGUUUGAUUCUUCGAUUAAAAUCAACGACCAUGAAAUAGGAGACGUCGACUGUGAACUCAAGCUUGAUUUCAGGAUUCUGGUCCCGACUAUGGGGCACCAAGAAACCGAACUUUUGCUCAACUUCAUCGAAGUCGGGCAUAGGGAAGUGCUCAAGCACCCACUCUGCGAAACUUUCCUUUUCCUCAAGUGGCGAAGAAUCCGGAAAUUCUUCCUCUUCAGUCUCUUCUAUCACAGUCUUUUCGUCUUGUUGUUCUCGAUUUACACCAUCGGGGUGUACAUACAAGACUGUCCUUCGUUUCGCGCUCUCCUAACUCGUCCGUGUCGAGUUCCACAGUAUUACAAUAUCAUUGGUUACAUUCUCCUUGUAUUCAAUUUUAUGUUUCUGGCGAAGGAACUGUUCCAAAUUUGCCACUCUUGGCGCAGUUACAUCCAACAGUGGGAGAACUGGUUGCAAUGGCUCAUCAUAAUCAGUGUUUUCUGCUGCGUGCAACCCAGUUUAGACAACGACAUGGACAUCAGAUACAAAGUGAUGCGGUGGCAACACCACGUGGCCGCCGUAGGGAUUUUCCUGGCCUGGGUCGAGCUCAUGAUGAUAGUUGGACGAUUCCCAAUUUUCGGACUCUACAUCCAAAUGUUCACCACAGUCGCUGUCAACUUCAUAAAAUUCGUGAUCGCUUAUUUCUGCCUUCUCCUAGCUUUCGCCUUCAGUUUCGGCGUGCUUUUCGCCAAAUAUAAAUCGUUCAAACUUUUGAAAUGGAUCAUUAUUAAAGUCCUAGUAAUGAUGUCGGGUGAAUUAGAAUAUGAAGACAUUUUCUACGACGAGGAAGCUCCGAUUCAGUACGACUACACCUCCCAGUUCGUGUUUCUCGCCUACGUUAUCCUAGUUACAAUCAUUUUGGCCAAUCUUUUGGUCGGGUUAGCUGUCAGUGACAUACAGGGUUUGCAACAAAGUGCAGGUCUUGACAGAUUGGUCAGACAAGCCGAGCUCGUGGCUCAUCUCGAGUCGAUGCUUUUUUCCCGCUUGUUGACUUGUAUCCCGCACAAACUGAUGCAUUUUUUUCAUAAGAAAGCGCUUCUUUUGAAAUCGCAAUACCACUGGGCGCUUUAUAUCAAACCGAACGAUCCGCGAGAGGAACGCAUACCCAAGGAUUUGAUUAAAAAUAUUUACCAAUUGGUGGCGGAGAGAAAAGAAAAGCCGCGGAAGAAACGAAGGAGCAAUAAAAUUAAAUCCGAUUUUGUUUCGCCGCCAAUGUCGAGACUGAAUUCGAUUUCUGAUUCGUAUGGAGGUGCUGAUAAACAAGUGGCUUUGAAGUGCGAGUUGGAGGAGAUUCAAAAGGAGUUUGCCGAAUUUACCCGGACGUUCAGGGAGAAAAUGGAGGGCAUAACGAAUCAAAUUAAAAAUACAAAGAGUUAAUUUGUGUUGUUGUAACUUAUUUUUUAUGUCCAUGUAGGCUUUUUUAUAUUUGUGCAAAGCUAAAUAAAAGUGAAAAUUGUAAAAGCA